CCAAGCGGCGUUAAAAUGCCGGAUUUCAAUAGCUUGCCUGUUCUUGAUUGGAAUGCUUUUUGGAGUCCGCUUCUUCGUCUCGGUGGAGAGAGCGGCGGAAGACAUCGGAUCCCAUCGACGCCUCCUUUUUCCUCGUUCCGGCUGCCCUGGAUGGGCCAAUCUGCCUCCACACAAUCCAUCAAAGCUCUCUCCUGUUCCUCCUCCUCCUCGGGUCGCCGUGCGAGGUUUGCAUCUGGCACCAUCGGCCAGCCGGCUGCGAUGACCAAAGGAGAAUUGGCCUCGUGCGAGGAUGCCACCGGUCAUUCCGCGAGGGAUUACACAACCGAACUUCCAGACGAAUGCCUUGCCCUCGUCUUCCAGUCCCUUGGCUCCGCCGACCGAAAGCAGUGCUCUCUGGUGUGCAAGCGAUGGUUAGUGAUCGACGGCCAGAAUCGACACCGUAUUUCCCUCGACGCUCGGGAAGGUCUCCAAGAUGCCGUGCUGGGCAUCUUCGCACGAUUUGACGCCGUCGCUAAGCUUGCGCUCAAAUGCGAACGACGCGCCGAGAGUGUCGGCGACGAAGCUCUUGCUCUGAUCGUCGCUCGGUGCCCGAAUCUCACGCGCCUCAAGCUCCGUUCUUGCCAUGCCAUUACCGACGUCGGUAUGGCUGCCGUCGGCAAGCAAUGUGCUGUUCUACGCAAACUCUCUGUCGGGUCUUGUAGCUUCGGUUUCAAGGGCAUUGAGGCCGUCGUCCGUGGCUGUUCGCUUCUAGAGGAGCUCUCCAUCAAGAGGCUGCGUGGCCUACCUCCCACCCUCUGCGCUAACGAGGCUGGCAACGAAAUCAUUGGGUCUAUCUCCCUCCGAUCUAUCUGUCUGAAAGAAUUAUACCAUGGUCUGUGCUUUGCGCCGCUCAUCUCCGGAUCCUCCAACCUCAAAACCCUAAAGUUAAUCAGGUGUUCCGGUGACUGGGACAUGCUUCUAGAGGAUAUAGCAGAUGAAGUCCCUGGGAUAACUGAGAUCCACCUCGAGAAGCUUCAGGUCAGUGAUCGCGGCCUUGCUGCUCUCUGUUCUUGUGUCGAUCUCGAGAUCCUUCAUAUUGUAAAGACCCCGGAGUGCACUGACAUCGGCCUCUCCGCCAUCGCUGAACGCUGUCACCUCCUCCGUAAGAUCCAUAUUGAUGGGUGGAAGACCAAUAGGAUCGGCGAUGAGGGCCUCAUAGCUAUUGCAAAACAGUGUCCUAACCUUCAGGAGCUGGUACUUAUUGCUGUAAAUCCAACUGUACGAAGCUUAGGGCAUAUAGCGAUUAACUGCCGUAACUUGGAGCGCCUUGCCAUCUGUGGCAGCGAUACCUUUGGGGAUGCCGAAAUUACUUGUGUUGCCUCCAAAUGCAUGGCUUUGAAGAAGCUUUGCAUCAAGGGAUGCCCAGUAUCUGAUCAUGGAAUGGAGGCCCUUGCCGAAGGUUGUCCAAAGUUGGUUAAAGUCAAAGUAAAGAAGUGUCAAGGGGUGACACCAGAAUUUGCAGGUUGGCUGACAGCAUGUAGGGAAGGGAUGGUGGCAGUCAAUUUGGACACAGCUGCACAAACUGAGAAGCCAGAAACUAGCAUUGGUGAGAGUGGGGCGCUUGAAAACAUUGACCAGUUGAUCGAUCAAAUUGGGGUUGUUGAUCUUCACUCAUCAGGCAGUAGUUCUAGGCCAUUGCCAUGGAAGGCACGAAUGGGAUUUUGCCCUGGUAAGAACUUUGUAGUAUCUGUUAUCCGGAGAUGGUCUCAUGGGAGUAGUAACUCCAAUCAUACAUGAAAAGGAAAAACAAGCUCUUUCUUCUCUGCUUUUCAUCUAGCCAAGUACUUAAAGUUGUAUGUCAAUUAACUCUUCAAAUCCAAUGUGGUAAUUUGCUUGAUGUUAUUACUGGUAAGCUGUUUAUCCUGUCUACUGGAAGUUGUUAAAUGGUGGUUUUGCUUUCA